AUGGCAGCGAGCUACCCCUACGGACAGGGCUAUCCUGGACCUGCCAGACAAGCUCCAGGGGCUCCCCAAGGCAGCUACCCUGGGGGCCAGUAUGGAGGAGGAAUGCCUCCCGGUGGCCCCUAUGGUGGGUCAGCCCCUGGAGGUCCAUACGGCCCACCAUCUGGCGGAGGGCCUUAUGGCCACCCUUCUUCUGGGGCUCCUCCCGGUGGCAUGUAUGGAGGAGGAUCUGCACCAGGAGGGCCCUACGGCCAGCCCUCUACAAAUCCAUACGGUGCUCCACAGCCUGGAGCCUAUGGGGCAGGAGGUCCUGGAGGUAACGUCCCUCCAGGGGUAGAUCCAGAAGCCUUUGCCUGGUUCCAGAGCGUAGACACCGACCACAGCGGUUACAUUUCAAACAAGGAACUCCGGCAGGCCCUUGUCAACUCCAACUGGUCGGCCUUCAAUGAUGAAACUUGCCUGAUGAUGAUGAACAUGUUUGAUAAGACGAAGUCUGGACGGAUGGACCUUUACGGGUUUUCAGCCCUGUGGCGCUUCAUCCAGCAGUGGCGGAAUCUAUUCCAGCAGUACGACCGCGACCAGUCGGGGUGCAUUAAUAGCAAUGAGUUGCAUCAAGCUCUCUCCCAGAUGGGAUACAACCUGAGCCCCCAGUUCUCCCAGCUGUUGGUGUCUCGGUACUCUCAGAGAGGCCCCAAACCCGGCAUCCAGCUGGACCGCUUCAUCCAGGUGUGCACGCUGCUGCAGUCGAUGACCGAAGCCUUCCGGGAGAAGGACACCGCCAUGACCGGCAACGCCCGGCUCAACUACGAAGACUUCCUCACCAUGUCAGCCACUCGCAUGCUGUGAGGCAGCCUUUCCUUUUGAGGGACCAUGGCUUUCCUGCUGGGAGACGAUUGGCAUUUCCACCAAAGACUUGGGAAGGAGAGCCACUGUGAAGAAACAGUUGGCCACCUUGUCUAGGGGAGGUUGUGUUAUGAAGAGGAAAAAAAAGAUGAAUUUUCCCUUCUCUGCUUUUUACUUGUGUGAUGCCGAAUCUACUCACACUUGGGUUCUUUGAGAUGCUUAUGUGGUUGGUUGGAUUUGAUCCCCUGGAAGCAGCUGCCCCAGCCAGCCCCUGACAGCAAAUCACACAACACUGAGCCAGAAUUUGAGUGCCAUGAAUUUCUACUCUUUCCUCCUUGAAAAAUAGCCACAUUUUGGAUGGUUCUCUGGCUGGGGAGAUAAUUCCAGGCAGUUGCAUCAUGACUUCUGCUCCUGAGCUGGCUUUUCGGAGACCUCCGUCUUAAAUUGCUAAAAGUAAUCCUUGGACACCAGUUCCAAAUGCCAUGACAUAGAGAAAUUCCUGAGUUAUGAUUUCUUGGGCUCUAGGGGCCCUUUCACCUGACUUCUUUUUUGGUGGGGGUAUCCUGGUGAACAUUCUCCCUUGCCUAAAACAUUUUUGCAGUGCUAAAGUACACCUUCCCUUGACAUCCACAAAAAUAUAUAUAUUUUAAGUUGCCAACAUUUUUCUUUUUUAGAUUAGAGGGG